ACGCACACAUUCCCACACACACGAGAAAAGAAAGAGAGACACACAGUUCUACUCGAAGAACACUUUUCAAAACUCCAAGGACUCUAAACCAAAUCAAAUCGGAACAGAAACGAAAUGAGUGAAGAAGCAAGGAGAGUCAGAGUCGGAGCUUCCGACGAUCGGAAGCCCUCGUCUUCACCAUCACCGGCUGGCAAGAAAGUCAUCAUCAAGAGCGCCGACAUGAAGGACGACUUGCAGAAGGAGGCCGUCGAUAUUGCCAUCAACGCGUUUGAAAUACACAAUGUGGGGAAAGAUGUAGCUGAGUAUAUAAAGAAAGAGUUCGAUAAGAAGCAUGGCCCCACCUGGCACUGUAUUGUCGGUAAAAAUUUCGGUUCUUAUGUGACUCACGAGACAAAUCACUUUGUGUACUUGUAUUUGGAUUCAAAAGCAGUAUUGCUGUUCAAAUCUGGUUGAGCAUGGUGAGAAAGUGAACUGCUUCUUUGAUGACAGUGAUGCUACAAGCUAUAACAAUUAUGUAUUAACUAAAACUUGCUAGCAUGCAAAAGAUCUCUGUCAAGACGAAUAUGUGCUUAAACUUGUAUAUUUGUUUUGACUUUAAUUAA